AAAAAUUCUUCAGUAAAUAUCAAAAUGUUUUAUUCAAUUUUUUUGUUAUCAAUAAUUUUUGGAAGUUCUUUGGGACAAUUAGUCAUCCCUAAAUUUCCUCAACAAACAUCAAUUUCGAAUUUCGAUGCAGCAAAGUAUCUCGGUGAUUGGUAUGAAGUUCUUCGUAUGCCAAAUAAUUAUGACAAAGACGACAAGUGUUCAAUAAUUAAUAUAUCACCAUCAAGUGCAUCAAUAAUAGGAAUGAAUCCAGUAACUGGAAUCUAUCGUCGAAUUACUGCUGGAGGUAAACAAAGAGGAAAUUCAUCAGUCUUUGAUUUUGAAUAUCCAAUUGAUGAACCAGUAGAUUUUGGUGUGAUGACCAUAUCAGUUAUAAACUAUGAACGUUUUGCUGUCAAGACAAUAAUCGAGCCUCAUAAAAACUUUGUGUUCAAAGAAUAUGUAUGGAUUCUUUCAAGAACAACUACACUUUCACGUGAAGAUUAUGAAUGUGCAAUGAACGUUCUCAAGAAUGAUGGAUUCCCGGUAGACAAAUUGGUACACGUUGAUCAAUGCGAUUGUCCUAGAAGAGAAUAUAAUUAUUAAACAACACAAACUACAUCUUAUUAUAUGUGAUGAAUCAUGAUGAUGAACAUAGCAGUUUUAAAUCAAUUGCAUACUCUUAGUUAUACAUUUAAUUUUU